AUGCUGCGCCGGGCGAUUCAGCGCGCGCGGCUGCACCUGCCGGCGCCCAUCGGCCACGACAACGGCGGCGGGGGCGACAGCUUCAGCGACGACGAGGACUCGCCCGUGAGCCCCAGCGUCGCGCACACCACACUGCGCGACGAUGAGUCCGUGCGCGACCACUUCCGCAAGCGGCCGGAGGACGUUUCCGGCCUGCAUUUGAUCGUGGCGGGGGAGGCGGCGAAGGCGCGCAAAGGCCACGUGGCGGAGCUCAGCUCGGACAAGCAGCGCCGCGCUGCGGACGCCUGGGCGCGCUUGCAGGCGCUCUACGGCCUGUUCCGCCAGCUUGAAGCCGCCGCGGACGACGCUGCAGAAGACAGCGACACAGAGAGCGUGGACGCUGAAGAGAAGGAACUUGAGGUUCAGGAGAAGGAGACGCGCCGGCGACGCGGACGCGAUGAUGGCCUGCGGUCGCUGCUGCAGGAGGCGCGGCUGCCGCCGGGCGUGAUCCUGCGCGACUUGAAGACGUUGUCGAUGGCCGACGGCAGCGACGACAACGCCAUGCCCCAGGGGUUCACAGCCGGCAUGUUUGAGGCCCUGGGCAAUGCCAUGUACAAUGAAAUGCUCGCGGCUGCGGAGCAGAAUCGUAUUAGCCCCGACGCGUUCGAGGAGCUGGGCAACUGCCUGUACGCAGAGGCGGCGAGUGUCGCCGUAUCUGCCACUGCUUAG